AUGUCUCCUGCUGUAAAGAACAACACCGCUGAGCCAAACCUGGACAUCAGCUUCCAAGACUACCUCAUUCUUUCGAAGCUCGUUUUCGACUGGGCCGACAGCUAUGACACCAAGGACUGGGAUCGCCUUCGUGGCAUCAUCGCCCCAACCCUGAAGGUCGACUACACCAAGGUCGGUCUGAAGAAAUGGGACAACAUGGCCGCGGAUGAAUACAUGGCCAUGAUCACACACCCAGGAUUCCUAGGUGACCAAACCGUCAAGACGCAGCAUCUGCUUGGCCAAACAUGGUGGGAGAAGAUCUCCGAUACGGAAGUGAUCGGGCACCACCAGCUGCGCGCUGCCCACCAAGUCUAUGAGGAUGUUGACUUGAAGACUGUGAAGUUGCGCGGUCACGGACAUGCCACGAAUGAGCACUAUUACCGUAAGGUUAACGGUAUCUGGAAGUUUGCUGGACUCAAGCCCGAUGUGCACUGGAAUGAGUUGCAAUUCGAUGAGGUUUUCAAGGGACUCGAUUAG